AUAAAAGGAUGGCUUCCUCCGUAUUAAAACAAGGUCAACAUUAUAUUGAAUGUGGUGUUUGUAAAGGUCCUGUCGUUUUCACGUGCAAACGAUGCCCCGUAAAUUUAUGCCAUGCAUGUGUAGAACCUCACCUUCUUCUCAAAUCUAAAACUGGCCACCAUGUUACCAAAUACAACGUAGAAAACAAACCCGAAUAUGGAGAAUGCCUGGCCCAUCCCCAGCAAAAGUGUAGCGCCUUCUGCAAGACGUGUGAUAUUUCUAUCUGUGUCAUAUGUGUAUCGAUCAAACAUGGAGCUCAUGAAAUAUGCGAAUUAUCCGAAAAAGUUGACUUAUCCGAAUUCAUUGCGACAGAAAAUGAGCGGCUGAAGAUAAUGAGAACAGAACUGGAGAAAAUUCUGGAACAUUUAGGUAAAAGAUCGGCAUCACUUCGAAGUGUUUACAAACAAACAAAAGGCAAGAUUUCAUUACAUGCCAAAAACUUGCAUAAGGAAAUUGAUAAAACAGAGAAGGCAAUGUACAAAGAAUUAGAUGAAUUGCAAGAAAAACAUGCAAAACUUCUACUUCUGCAGAAAAAGGAAUUUGACGAAAUAUUUAAGAAAUUGAAAAAUCUUGAAGAAAAAGUCGACAGCUUGGCAAUUUCCAAAAACGUCUCUGGUUUAAUGGAAAUAACGCAUGAACUUGAAAAUCAACAGAUUCCAUCCUUUAUUGAAGAAACACAGCCAGCAUUCUUCCAACCUUUGAAGUUUAAUGAAAGUUAUAACUUCGGUUACAUAGAGACACUACAGACACACAAACUGUCAAUUGACGAUCUUACACAACAAGAUCAAACCCCUUCAUCACGACAAGCUCUAGAUGUACCUACAGUUCUGUCCUCCUUUGAUACAGAGUUUCCAGCUAGUAAAGAAUACAACAGCCGUCUGUAUGACAUGGUUCCCCUCGGUGAUGACAAAGUGUGGGCAGGAGGAGCCAGUAAAGAGCUGAAGCUGUUUGAUCUUCAAGGACGUCUCCACGACACUGUCACCAUCACGGAUUAUGGUGGUUACCUGACACUUCAUGAUGGACACGUGGUGUACACCAAUAUUAAUGACAAGACCGUUAAGAAGGUUAUAAACGGUAAAGUAGACACGUUGUUCAGUACCGGGGAGUGGCAUCCUCACGGUAUCACCUGUACCGCGGCACGUGACUUCCUGGUCUGUCUCCGGACAACAGAUCAAACAGAGUCCAAGGUCGUAAGAUACAGCAGUUCCGGUGACGUGCUGCAGGAAAUCCAGUACGACUCUCAGUACCAGCCUCUGUUUAAGGAUGCAACUUACGUGGUGGAGAAUGGUAACGGUGACAUUUGUGUAGCUGACUACGAUAAAAAAGCCGUCAUAGUCGUUGACAAGUUCGGGAUAUUCAGGUUCUCCUACACAGGAAACAAAGCAUCAAAGGAGAAAUUUGACGUCAGUUCCCUUACCACAGACAGCAUGCAUCACAUCAUCAUCACAGACUAUUAUAAAGACAAGAUUCACAUGCUGGACAGGGACGGCCGAUUCCUGAGGUACAUCAUUCCUGAUCAGGGGAUACGGAGACCACGGGCCGUGUGUGUCGUUAGGGAGGGGGAAUUAAUGGUCGGGGAGUGUAUAAAGGGAAUGAUCAAGAGAAUAAAGUACCUACAAUAAGGGAGGGGUUCUUUGACAAUAUGUAUACUUCAUGUGUGAUACUAGUUCUAUAUUCCAAUACUAGAAUCUUAAUUUAUUGAAAAUAAUAUAUUGCUUUUACAAACAAGUAUCGACGUAGUAGAUACAUAUUUUAUCUACAGAU